AUGGAAAGGAGAUAUUACCUUAAGAAAAACGAUAAGAUAUUUAAAAAGGUUAAUAUUGAGGAUAUAUUAAAAUUGAUUAAUAAUAAUGAAAAUGGGAUAAGGGACAAUAUUAUGCUUAUUCUUUAUAUAUGUAACAAUCUUGAGGAGGAUCACCUAAAUUACAUAUAUGACGAUGUGCUUAUUUUAUAUCUCAAGUUAUUACCCAUAUUAGAAAAGGAAUUGUUAGAAAAAAGGGAAGAUAGAAAUAUAGAAAACGAAAGCAAUAGAAUAAACAAACAUGCAUAUAUUAAAAAUGAUGUUGAGGAUGAAUAUUUCAUAAGAAUGAAAAGAAGAAUUUUAAAAUAUAAUUAUAUCAUAUUACAUUUGUCUUAUUUUGUAAGUUUGAAAAAAAAGAAAAACAAAAUUGAAACAUUGAAAUUGUUUUUGUAUUAUAUACAUAUGUUAACAUUUUUAUCUUUGAGAAAAUAUAUACAAAUUAGAAAUAUUGUACAUAUAUAUAAUACCCAAAAUAAACAUAAUACAAAUAAUAUUGAUUAUAUAAAUAAUGUAUCAAAAUUUAAAAAUGAGAAGCCUAUAGAAAAUAUACAAAAAUCUCAUAAUACAAAUCACAAGGGUGCAAAAACUUAUGAGAAUCAAAAAAAUGUUGUAUCGUUUUAUUUGUCGUAUAUAAAUAUUUUAUUAUCAUUCCUUAUAUAUGUGUACAAAUUUAAAAUAUGUAAUUUUGUAUUAAAUAAGAUUGAAUUUAUACACAUUUCUAAAUAUAUCAUAUAUAUUAUUUUAUUAUUUAAUCAUAUAAAAAAAGAAAACAACACUGAUAUGGAAAAACAAUUCUUAUGUUUUUAUGAUUAUGUAUAUGAAGUAAUGGUUCUUUUCUUGGAUCAAUAUAAUCAUUAUUAUUAUAGUAUAUAUAACGAGGAAAAUAAUAUAAUUCAGAAAAAAAAUGUAAAAAUAAUAAAAAAAAAUAAUAACAAAAUGAACAAUAAUAAUAAUAACAAAAUGAACAAUAAUAAUAAUAACAAAAUGAACAAUAAUAAUAAUAACAAAAUGAACAAUAAUAAUAAUAACAAAAUGAACAAUAAUAAUAAUAACAAAAUGAACAAUAAUAAUAAUAACAAAAUGAACAAUAAUAAUAAUAACAAAAUGAACAAUAAUAAUAAUAACAAAAUGAACAAUAAUAAUAAUAACAAAAUGAACAAUAAUAAUAAUAACAAAAUAAACAAUAAUAAUAACAAAAUAAACAAUAAUAAUAAUAACAAAAUAAACAAUAAUAAUAAUAACAAAAUAAACAAUAAUAAUAAUAACAAAAUAAACAAUAAUAAUAACAAAAUAAACAAUAAUAAUAAUAAUGUAAGACCUUUUUGUGCUUAUUAUAAAAAGGUAAUCUUCUUCGUAUUCUCUUCUUUGGAAAGAUUUAAGGUUUUGAAAUAUAUAGAGAAAUACAUUAUGAACAAGAAAAAAAAUACCUUCUAUAAUAUGACCUUAUUAAAUAUAAUACGAAAUACCGUUCAUAUUCAUUUUUUGAAUAAUUCUUUAUACAACACAAAGGAUGAUUACAUUAAUUUUUAUUGCUUACGAUUAAAAAGUAAAGAGUUAGUAAAAGAAGCAAAUGAAGAAAUUGGUAAGAUAGGUGUAGAGAAUUCAAAUUAUAUAAACAAUAUGUGUGAUAAGAAGAAUAGGAAUGUUAUAUGUCUUAAUUAUUAUAAUAUAAAUAAUUUAUUGUUUUUGAAAUUAUUAAAUAUGUGCGAAUUAUUAUUAAUUAAGAAAAAGAAAUAUAAAUAUGAAGAUAAUAUUGUAUAUACAAAUAAAAAUAGAAAUGAUUUAUAUUUAUGUAUAUACAUAUAUGAAAAUAUUAUGACCAUAACAAAGAAAACAAUAGAAUACAUGAUGUGUUUUAUUAAAAAUGAAGAAAAUAUAAAUGGAGAGGCAUGUAAUAAAUAUAUAUCGUAUAGAAUAUUUUUUUUGUUUGAAUUCUAUUUUAAUAUUAUUGUAUAUAUAUUAAAUGUAAAAUAUAAGAAUAAUAUGGAACAUAUUGUUUGUAAUAAUAAUAAUAAUAAUAAAAAGAAUAAUAAAAUAAAUAUUGUAAAUAAUUAUAUCCAUAAUAACCUUUAUAUUAAAUACUUCUUUGAAAAUUCUUUAUAUUUUAUAUAUGAAAUUUAUAUAUUACUAAUAUUAUCGUUCCGUUGUAUACAAAACUUUGAACAUGUUCUUCACGAAAAUAAUGAUAUGUUUGAUUUUUUUAAAAAAAUGUUAAUUAUUAAAAAGACAGAUAAUAAUUAUAUAUUUAUAAAUAAUCUUACUGCUUUGAUUAUGCACUUUUUUUUUUUUUCCUCACCUUCAAAAAAUGAAAAAAAACAAAAAAAUAAAACACAAAAUAAAGAUGUAAUACAAAAAAAAACAAAGGAGAAGAAAAAGAAUUUAUAUACAUAUUCUUCGUUUCGUUUAUCCAGUAGAAUGUAUUUCUUUAACAUGUUACAUAAUCAGAAUAAAAGGUUGAAUCGAUUUUUAAAAAAUAUUGAUAAACUUUGUUAUAGGAAAUAUAAUAAUGUAGUGGUUAUCAUAAAAAAUGUUAAUAAAUAUGGAAAUGUUGAUUAUUCUGUAUAUCAAAGAAAUGAUAGCCAUAUGUUCAUAAAUCCUAAAAAAACAAAUUACAUUGUACAUAAUAAUAUAUCCUAUGAACAUGAAACGCAAAAUAAUAAUAAGAUAUUUUUUAAUAAAGAGAGAGGUUUUUAUAUAAACAUAAGUAGUUAUGUUAAAUAUAUAUACAAUAUUUAUAAUGAAAAAAAUGAUGAUUUAUACUUAAAUAUGAGUAAAACAAAAGAAAGGAAUAUUCUUAUGGAAAAGGAUAAUAAAGUCAAGAUGGAUUUAAUUAAUUACCACAACAAUUACCAUAAUGACAAUGACAAUGAUAUGAUGGUGAAUAUAAAUAAUUUUAGUGUAUAUCAUUAUUACGACAAAAGCAGAGAUGAAUAUUAUAGAGAAAUACAUUUUAAUUUUUUUAUUAAUUAUAUAUUAAAAAAAUAUAAAGAAAGAAAGACAUACAUCCCAAAUUAUGAUCAUUGUAAAAAUUUUUUACAAAUAUAUAUUAACAAGGUACAUUAUUAUGGAAACAGCAUAUUUAAUAGUAAACAUAUUUUUAAGAAUAACAUUUAUACGUUUAUAAAAAUGAAUGUUAAUAAAAAAAAAAGGCAUGAGACGUUAGAAAAUUUGGUACCUUUGAAAAAGAGAUUCUAUAUGGAAUCACGAAAAAGUAUAAAUGAAAAAAUGGUGGGUGUUGCAUAUAAUAUUUAUAAGAAAAUAAACAAUAAUAAUGAUGAUAAUGAAAAUGAUGAAGAUAAUGAAAAUGAUGAAGAUAAUGAAGAUAAUGAAGAUAAUGAAGAUAAUGAAGAUAAUGAAAAUGAUGAAGAUAAUAAAAAUAAUGAUGAUAAUAUCCAUAAUAAAAGAUGUAGUUCAAAAUAUAACCUAUUUAACAAAAUAUAUAAUAAUAAAACUGAUUAUAUAAAAAAUGAACAUAUUUAUUUUAAUUUUUUAUUUAACAUACAUUAUCUUCAUAACUUAAAUGAUCAUAUGAAUGAAUACCUUUUAUUAAAAAAGAAAAAAACAAAAACAAAAAGUUUUUUUUCUAUUUCUUUAAAUAUAAAAGAACGUCUAUGGGGAAAAAGACAAAAUCAUAAAAGUGCUAAAGAUAAAAAGAACAAAGAAAACAUAAAGAAACAUAAAAAAAGUAAUGACAUGAAGAAAUUAUGUGAAGACAAUAUAAAAGAUAAUAAUUUACAUGGUUGUUUACAAAAAGAAAAAAAAAAAAUAAAAAGUUGUAUUUUUAAAAAGUUAUUUGAUUUUGGUGUAAAAGAUGAAGAUAUUCUUUAUUUCUUAUUUAUUAAUUAUAAUUAUUGUAUAUUAAAUUAUAAAAAUAAUAAAAAAUUAAAACUGUUUCUAUUACAGAUUCUAGAUAUAUUUGCAUCCUUAAUUUGUUAUAUGAAUAUAUAUAAAUACAUAUGUUCCUUUUUAUUAUUUCUUAUAUCGUAUAUUGAGAGGAAACCAAUAGAAUAUUUGUAUCUUUCUCAAAUUUUUAAUGGUGUCUAUAAUGAGAAAUAUAUAAGACCCUAUUCAAAGGACGACCAUGAAAAUGGUAAAAAUAAUAAUAAAAAAAAAAAAAAAAAAAUAAUAAUAAUAAAAAAAAAAAAUCAUCAUCAUCAUAAUAUUAAUCAUAAUAAUGUAGCGAAUCAGUUUAUACAAAGUGAAGACAUAAAAAAAAAAAUUAUAAAAAAUGUAAAAUGUGAUAAUAGAAUAUUUUCCAAUUUUAAUCAGAAAGAUUUGUCCAAGGAAGAGAAUAAUUUUGUUUACGUUAAAAAUAAAUGCAAUGAUAAUAUAAAAAAAAAAAGAAAUUACUUUUAUGAAAACCUUAAUGUGAAUAAUAUAUUAUUUAAUAAUAUCAAAAUUAAUGAAUAUGAUUAUAUAGAAAAGGAUGUAUUAGAUUAUAUGUUUCGUAUAAAAGAAGCAAGAAAUAAUAAAUUACAUAACAUACAAAAUGAUGAGAACAAUAUUUUGGAUGUGAGUUAUACUAUAUUUUAUAAAAAUAAAAUGAUAAUAAAAAUAUUUUUAGAAAUUAUUGAAAAGAUAAAAAUGAUUUUAUGUUGUAAUAUAUUUGAUUAUUUAUAUAAAAAUAAAAGAACAUAUGGAAAAUAUGUAAGUUUGCUUUCUUCUUAUUUUUAUAAAUUUUAUUUUGUAUUAAUACAUGAGGAGAUAAGUUUCAAUAGAAUCAAUAAAAAUAAAUAUAAUUAUAUAUAUAAAGAUAUAGAAAGUUACAUUAAUAUUAAAGAUGUUAAUAGUAGUAGUAGUACUACUAGUAGGGUUCACAAACAAAACAAAAAGGAUAAUAAGUAUGAUGAUAAAUGUUGUUAUAAUUAUGAGUACAUGUGUUCAUUUUAUCAAAGCGUUAUGCUUAUAAAAAGUAAAAUUAUCGAAAUAACACCUAUACUUUCUAUAAAAUAUUUAACACAAUGUGAUUUGUACAAUAUAUGUAAGCAUGAUAUAUUGAUUGGAUUAAUGGAUAAAGAUUAUAAGGGAAAUAAUAAAAAUAGGAAGCAAGAUGAUGUUAUUAAAAAUAAAAGGGAUGUUAUUAAAAAUAAAAAUGGUGUUAUUAAAAAUAAAAGGGAUGCCGUUAAUAUUACAAAUGAUGUUAAUAUUUUUAAUGAUGUUAAUAUUUUUAAUGAUGUUAAUAUUUUUAAUGAUGUUAAUAUUUUUAAUAAUGUUAAUAUUUUUAAUAAUGUUGAUGGAGUCCAUGGUUAUCCUAAUUAUUACGAUAUCAUAAGUGAAGAUAAUUUAAAAAAGUUAUACAUAUUCAUCAUAUAUUAUAUUGAAGGUUUACGAAAAAAAGAGAACAUAUUAUAUAGCUUAUAUUUAUUGAUUGACAAGAAUGUAUAUAGAGAUAAAUAUUUACAUAAACAUAUAAAGAAUUUAAUUAAAUAUAAAAUAUAUACGUAUAUAAACGAAAUGAAUAGUUUUAAUGAUUAUGAUAUGAUAUAUUCCAUAUAUUUUGUAUUAAUAAAUAUAAUGAAUUUUAAUAAAAUGAUAAGAAAUUAUUUAUAUUAUAUUUUUGAUAACAUAUGUAAGAUAAAAUUAAAUAUUAUAUUUGACAAGUCCUUCUUAUUUUGUUUUUUAAAGAAUCUCGAAAAAAGUAGUUAUGAUUAUGCUUAUACAAAAAUAUUAUAUGAUGAAAAGAAUAUUUUAAAAAAUGAAAUCGAUAAGAAAAAAAAUAAAAUGAUAAAAAUUAUAUAUAAAGUGAAUUUAUAUGUAACCAUAAAUUAUUUAUUAUAUUUUAAAAUAUUGAAUUCAUGUAAAUUAUAUUUAUAUUUAUAUUCCUACUUUUAUUAUGAAUUCUAUAUUUAUUCUUUUAAAAAAUAUAUAAAGAAAUAUAAUGUAUAUUUUUAUUUCGAGCGUAUGAAAAAGUAUGUACCUACAUCAAAUACAUACAACAUUACAAAAAGAAAAAAAAAAAGCACGGAAAAUAUGACCAUGAGGAAUAAUAAAAUGAAAAAUAUGGGCGAAAAAAAUAUAGACGAAAAAAAUAUAUCCCAGGAUAUUAAAAAUAAUAUAUGCAAUAAGAAAUUAUUUUCAUCAUCCCAUGAUGAUAUAUUGGAAAAAUCAAAUGAUAUGAAAGGGUUGUAUAAAAUGGAUAAUGUAGAUGUUAUAUCCUCCCAUAGAAUCCGAUCUUUUGAGAAAGAGAGCAUAUGUCUUUCGGAUGAGCACAUGGUGGAUGAUGAAAAAAAAGGGAAUUUAUCACAUGAACGGAAAUAUAAAAAGAGAGAUGAUAAUAUUAAUAAUAUUAUCAAUAUUAAUAAUAUUAUCAAUAUUAAUAAUAUUAUCAAUAUUAAUAAUAGUUGUAGUAAUAAUAAUUUGAAGAAGAAGAAGAAAAAAAAGGAAAUACACACUGGUAAUAUAAUUAAUGAUGAGAAACAUGAGGUUGAUAAAUAUAGUAUGCUGCUACAACGAAAUAAUAAAAAGAUAACGAAUAAAAAUUUGACGAAUAGAAAGAAAAGGAAUUCUACUUUUUUUUUAACAGAAAAUAAUAAUAAGUUGAAUGAAUUUUUUGAUAUAAUACCGAAUAAUAAUUAUAAUAAUAAGAAUAAUGAUAAUUUAGAAAAUAAUGUUAAUUAUAUGAAGAUAUUAAGAAAGGCAAAAGCUAGCAAUACAUAUAUAUAUAAUAUAUAUGAUAUAAAAAUAAAUAAACAAAUAAUAUAUCAUAAGAAAUAUUUUAAAGAAUAUAUAAAUAUUAUUACUUUUGUUAUAUGUAUAUUUUUAAGUACUAAUAUUAAUAAUUUAAAUAUGAGUAUACUAAAUCAUAAUUAUAUAUAUUUUAUAUCAAAAAUUAUUAAAAAAAACUUCAAAUUUUAUUUUUUUUAUUUUUAUUAUAAUAUAUUUAAAAAUAAACAAACAUCCAAUAGAUAUAAAAAUAUAUAUAAUAUGAAUUUCCAUGUAAUCCUAAAUAAUAAUAUACCUAAUUAUUUAUCUGUAUCUAAAAUAAAUAUCAAGAAUAAAUAUAUUUAUGUUUUAUAUACUCUAUCAUGUAUUUUAUCAGUGUAUAAUUUUCAUUAUGCAUUAUUCAAUUAUUAUUUUUUUUUCUUUUAUAAAUAUAUUAAAAUAUUAUCAAAGUUUUCUGCGAAGUCUGUUUCAACAUGUAACCUGAUGAUUCAUAUUUGUUUAUCAGAACCUAUGGAUAUAUUAUAUAAAGGCAAGGAGAAUAUAAGAAAGGAUAAAAUAAAUAAAAACAAAUGUGAUAAAGAUACAUAUGAUGAUUAUAAUAAUAAUAUAAUGAAAGGUUGGGAAAGGAAAGAGUUGUAUUUAUUUAAUAAUUAUGACGAAGAAGAGAAAAUGAUUAAACUUAAUUUUAAUGAGAAAAAGAAAGGGAAGAAAAUGAAAAGAAGGAAAACAUAUUAUGAAGAGGGAUUUAGUUUUUGUGAUAUAUUAAUGAUAAAAUAUUAUAUGAGGAAAUAUGUAAGACUAGAGUUUGUUAAUAUAGAUAAUGCAUUAAAAAAUAAAACAUUAAGCAAUAUGAAAAUUUUAGAUAUGUAUGUAAAAUAUAUUAAUAAUACCAUAUUAUUAUAUAUAUUUGUUAAUUAUUUAAUAUAUAUAUAUAAAAACAUUAGAAUAAAAAAGAAAAAAGGGAAUUUCAAAAAAGAAGCAAAAAUUAGAAGAAUAAUAAAAUAUAAAUUAAAUAUUUUAGAAACAUAUAAAUAUUAUUUAAUGAAAAUUAUUAUUGAUGUAUAUUUAUUAAAUAUAUCAUAUUUAUGUAAUUAUAUAAUUAUUGUCUUAGAUUUCUUUUUUAUUUUUGGGGAUUCAUUAUUUAGUAUAAAUUGUUAUAAUCAUAAUAUAUUAACAGAUGUAAAAUUUGCGUAUAGAAACCAAUGCCAAUAUUUUAUAAAUAAUUUUUUUAAUAAAUUACAAAACGUAAAUACAAUGUAUCAUGUAAAUUUUUAUAGAAGUUCCAAUUUGUAUUUUCACGACUAUAAAAAGAAAAAGAAAAAGGAAAGGGAAAAGGAAAAUCAUAAUCUAUAUCAUCAUCACAAUCUAAAUAAUAAUCACAAUCUAAAUAAUAAUCAUAAUAUAUAUCAUCAUCACAAUCGGACGAAUAUGAUGAUAAAAAACCACUUUAAUUUGAACUGUCAGAAUAGUGAAAACGAAAUAUACAGAAAUAAUAUUUAUAAUAGAUAUCAAUAUGAAGAUAUAAUUGAUCAGAAUAAUGAUAUUUCAUGUGACAAGAAUAUUAUUAUGUUAAAGGAAAAAAAGGAAACGAAUUGUUUAAAUAAUUUUUUUGUAGAACCUACCAUUUCAUCUUUUUUGGAUAAAAAUAAUAAUUCAGAUGAUAACAUUAGUAUUGUUGAUGAAUAUAUUUAUAAAGAUUGUUUUAUAGAAUUAAAAAAUAUUUUAAAAAAAAAAAUGAAAGAAUAUAUUAUUAAUUAUUAUAAUAGAAAUAUUAAGAAUAUAUAUUAUCUUUUCAUAUGUUUUAAUGAUAUAAAUAAUAUAAUUUUAUUUUUAAAUUUAUAUAUUAAUAAAUAUAUUCAUUUGAAAGAUAAAUAUAAUAAUAUAUACAUUCAAAGUAUUAAUAAUAUCUAUUUAUAUAAUUCGAAAUUAUUAAAAAUGAAUUAUAAUUUUAUAUGUAUUCUCUAUUUAUGUUUGAUAUAUAUAUAUAAUUAUAUUGUAAAAUUUUUUCAUUCCUAUAGUCAUUUUGUUGAUUUGUAUUCAAAAUAUAAAUAUAAUUAUUUUAUGUAUACGAACAAUAGAAAUAAUUUCUUUACAUUUUAUAAUAUCUAUACAUAUUUGAAUACAAGUAAAAAUAAGUUGGAUCCCCACAUCGACAAGAUAAAUAAUGAUAACAAUAAUAAUAUAUAUUAUUACAAUAAAUAUUAUCAUAAUAAUAAUAAUAAUAAUUGUGGUAGUAAUAAUUUAUAUGAUGAAAUUACAAACAUAUGUAUAAGACACAUUUAUGAUUUUAAUAAAUUAUUAUUACAGAAAAGUUUUUUAUUCCUUUCUUUUUCCUUUUAUAAUUAUAAAAAUAUACUUUCAGAUAUAUAUUGUAAUAAUUGUAUACAUAAAUAUUCUUUAGGUUCUCAGGAAGAUAAAGAUGUUUUAAAUAUUGAUAUUUCCAAAUUAAAUGAACACCAGGAGGGACAUAAAAAAAAUAAAAUCAAGUUCAAAAAAAAAAAAGAGAGAAAGAAUGGGGAACAUAUAUAUGAUGAUAAUAAGGAAAGGAAAAAUAUAUCAUCAUCCAUAGAAUGGUUUGAUCAACAUGUACAUCAAAAUAACAUAGAAAAAAAAAAUAAUAAUAAUAAUAAUAAUAAUAAUAAUAAUAAUAAUAAUAAUAAUAAUAUUAAUUUGUCUAAUAAACAUAUGAUCCAUACAGAUCAAAUGCCAUCCAACAAUUACCACACAGUAGAUGCUAACAAAAAGGAAAUCAACAAAAACUCAUAUAAUCUUUUAUCAUAUUUUAAAAGAAAAAUGAAUAUAUUUAAAAAUAAAAAUAAAAAUGAUAUAAACAAUACUAUCUAUAUGCGUCAUAUACAACAUGGUGAUAAUAAAAAUAUAGAUACUUCUUCAUAUAAGGAAUUAACAAAAGAGAAGGAAGAAAAAUAUAAGAAAAAAGGAUAUAACAUGAAGGACUAUGAAAAAAUGGAUUCUCAUCAUAUAGAUAGCAUCAAGAAAAAGAAAAAAGAAAAAAAGAAAAAAAAAAAUGAAAAGAAUGGUAAUUGUAAUGAUAAUUCAAAUGAACUUGUACAAACAAAGGUAGAUGUAUAUCUAGAUAGUACUACACAUGAAUGUACAAAAAUAUAUAGUAAUGGUAAUGAUGAGGAAGAGGAAGAAGAAGAAGAGUAUACACUUAAAAAGAAGAAAAAGAAAACUUUUAAUAGAAAAAAGAAAAAAACGAAAAAAACGAAAAAAAAAAGAACAAAACAUAUAAAAGAAGAAAGAUAUAUAGAAUAUCCUAGUGAUAAAGAAGAAGAUUUUUCUUUAUUAAAAAACAAAGAAGAAGAUACGCUUUUAAUAAAUGCAUAUAAAUAUAUGUUAGAAUAUAAAAAAAAAAAUAAAAAAAAAAUAUAUGAUUACAAUUUAAAAGAAUAUUUAAAUUGUAUGUGUAUUAAUAAAUAUAUAUAUAUUUGUAAUUUAAUAUAUAAUUGUUUAAUAUAUAUAUUACAAAUAAAAUAUACAUAUAAUGAAAAAAAAAAAAAAAAAAUUGCCUUCUUUUCAUCUCUUGGUGGUUUCCAAAAAAUAAAAAAAUCAUUUUCUUUAUAUAAUGAUGAUAUUAAUAAAAAUUAUAUUGUAAUCAAUACCAAACAUUUAUUAAAUCUGGAUUUUGUCAUUCUCAAUAUUUUAAGUUUAUUAGAAAAUAUAUAUAUUAAUUUAUAUAAAUGUAAAUUAUUUACAGAUAUGUGUAUAUUUAAGAAUAUUAAAUAUAUAUGCUUAGAAAAUAAAGAAUUAAAAAAAAAAAAUAAAGACCUAAGUCAAAACAAAACGAAAAAAGUGAAACACAUUUUUGUACAACAUCCAAAAAAAAAGAAAUAUCAAAAUGGAUAUGUGGACAAAAUAUCCAAUGGUAAUUAUGAAAGUGAUUUGGAUUAUUAUUUGUCAGAUGCUUUAUAUUCAUCAGGAAGUGUAUAUAAUAUACCUUUGUAUAAUAGAAGGGAGACGAAAAAAUAUGUAAAAGAUUUGAAAAAUUAUCAUGAUAAUGAUAUAAAUAUUCCAUCAUGUGAUGAAAAAAAGAAUCAAAAUGAUGAUCACAUAAAAGUUAUGUUGUCAAAUUAUAAUCUAAAAAAAUAUAAUAAAUAUAAUAAUUAUAAUAAAUAUAAUAAUUAUAAUAAAUAUAAUAAUUAUAAUAAAUAUAAUAAAUAUACAGAAAAAAAUCAUCUUUUAAAUAAUAACCAUGAUGAUAACAAAUGGGAAACUUUGUUAAACACGUCUAAUAUAAAAGAUAAGAAUGAAAAUACAUUUAAUUAUUGUGAACCGAAAAAAGAACGCACUCGACGUACUAGUUUAAUGAAUGAAUAUUAUAUUCCCAAAAAAAAAAAAAAAAAAGGAUACAAAUUAUCAAUAAACGUAAAGCCUAUUUCGAUUAAAAAAAAUAUGAAUAAUAAAAAUGAAGAAUUUGAUCAGGGUUUAUCAAAUAAAAAAGAAAUUAAAAAAAAGAAUAAUAAAAUUAUUAAAAAAAAUAAGAAGAAAAAAAAGAUAAAUGAUAUAUCUUUAAUAAAUUUUCAGAAUUAUAAAAUAUUAAGAGAUAAUUAUAAAAAGAAAAUUAAUAAAAAAUUAAAGAAGAAAAAAAAAGAAUUGUAUUAUUAUAAAAAUAUAUAUUAUAAUGUAAAGAAAAAAAAAAGUAUCUAUAAUAAAAAAAAUAAAUGGAAUAAAUUUUUUUCAAAUAUUUUAUUUUUUAAACAUAAAAAAAACAAUCGUCAAAAUAAUAACAAUGGUAUUAUUAAUAAUAAAAAAAAAAUAAAUAACAACAACAACAACAACAACAACAACAACAACAAUAAUAAUAAUAAUAAUAAUAAAAAUAAUAAUAUCCAUAACAAUUUACAUAGGUAUCACUAUAAGAAGAGCACCAUAAAUAAAAAUAUAGGAAUUAAUAAUUUAUUUGUUAAAUACCAAUCGAAAACCAUCAAAAAUAAAAAUAUAAACAAACUAUUAAAAUUAGAUACAGACAAAGAUGAAAAUAUAGAAAGGAUAAAACAUUUAUUUAUAACAUUUAAUUAUAAUAAAGAAAAGAAAAUUAAUAAUUAUAUACAUAAUAUAUUUACAUAUACUUCUUUAUAUUCAAAUUUUAAUAUUUGUCCAAAAAAAAAUAUAGAUAUAUUAAAUUAUCAUAUAAAAGUAAGAAGGAACUUAUUAAAAUUAUUAUAUUCCAUUUAUUAUAAACAUAAUUUAUCAGUAAUUUAUAAAAUUUAUAAAAAGAUAGAAUAUAUAUACACAUAUUUAAAUAUAUCUUUUUAUAAUAAUUUAUAUGAAUUCAAUAUGAAAGAUAUAAAUGAAAAUAUUGAUAUAUAUUCCUUAUUUCUUAUUAUUAAGUAUUUAAAAUAUCAUAUAUAUAGUAAUGAGAAAUUAUUUAAUACAUUUAUUGUACUUAUUAUUAAUUUUAUUAAUACAAAUAUACAUAAAGUAACCAAUUUUUUGUGUAUGUAUGAUUAUUCAGAUUUAUUAAAUAUACUUAAUCAUUAUAUAAUAAAUAUUGAUAUAAAUAAUAAAUUGACAUUCAAUAAAUAUAAUCUAUAUAUAUUAAGGAAAAAUAAAAUAACUUAUGUACCUAUAUCCAAUAUAUUAUUUUUACAUUGUAACCAAUUCCGUUUAAACGAUAUAAUAAAAAUUUUAUAUAGCCAUCCUCAAUAUACACUAUUUUUAAAAACUAUAGCUAUAAAUAAUUUAUUAUAUUUGUAUAAGAAAAACACCAUAACAAAUACUAUGUAUCUACAAUUAUUUGAAUAUUUAAAAGUGGAUUUAGGAAAUAGAAUAUUCUUCUUUAUAAUAUUCUUUUCAUUUCAUUCUUUUCAGUUCUUGUAUCAAUUUUUUAUGAACAUGCAAAGUUAUAUAAGGAAUGAAUACAUUGGAAAUGAUAUUAUUUAUUAUAAUAAUCCUAAUAAUUUUAACAAAGAACAAACAGAAAAUAAAAAUAUUGUACAUAAAUAUCAACAGACUCAUGACAAAUCAUUAGAAUUAGCUUUAAAUACAAAUCAUGAUCAUAAAGAAAAUAAUAUGUUAUGUAUACAUGAAAAUAAUACGAUGAAUGAUAUAUUAUUUAAGAAAGAAUUAUUUGUUAAAAAAAAAAACUUUUUUAAAGAUUUCUUUCUUUUUUUCAUGGUUAAGAAAAAUAGUUUAUUAUUAUUAUCAAAUGAUUAUAAAGAUAAAAAAAAUACAAAUAAUAUCAUAAAUAUUAAUAAUUUCAUUUUUUAUAAAUAUCAAGGUUAUGUUAAGAAAACACAUGUCUUAUCAUUAAAAUGUUCACUUAUUAAAAAAUUAUUCUUAGAAAAUUUACAUGAUAAAUAUAAAAAUAUGUUAUUUGAAUCGUGUUGUUUUCAUAAUACAAUCUUUUGUAUAAGUCAACAAGCAUCAAAACUUAAUAAAGAUAUACAAAUGGAUUAUGUUAAAAUGGAAAUUCAAAACUUAAUAAAUAAUACAAAUAUCAAUAAAUUAAAAUUAUUAACAAGCAAUAAUAUGGUAAAAAAUGUUUCAGAUAAUAUCAAAAUAUUGAUGUCAGCUACACGUUCUCCUCUUUUUUUAACGUUCAAAACCAUUCCUCCUAGUUUAAACCAAUUAUUAUUUGUCCAUCCUUUUGUUCAAAAUAAUCACACGCAACAUAAUUACAUAAAUAUAAAUGUUCAUAAUAUUGAUCAGCUAAAUAUAUACACGAAUAAUGAGUUGUAUAGACAACAGCUUAACAAAAAUAUUCUAAAUAAUGUUACAUUUGUUAAUGCUCAAGAAUUUGCUCAAACAAAUGAACCGAACAAUAAUCAAUAUAUAAAUAAUGUAAAAUGUAAUUCAUAUUCAUAUGUUGUAAAUAGGAAUGAAAAUAAAGGGAAUAUAAUAAAUGACAUGAACUGUUCAGGCAAAAUAAUGGGAAAAAAUGAAAUGAAUGAAAAUAAAGAAAAUAAAGAAAAUAAAGAAAAUAAUGAAAAUAAUGAAAAUACAAUAAAUGGCAUGAACUGUUCAGGCAAAAUAAUGGGAAAAAAUGAAAAUAAUGAAAAUAAAGAAAAUACAACAAAUGACAUGAACUGUUCAGGCAAAAUAAUGGAAGAAAAUGAGAUGAAUGAAAAAGAAGAUAAUGAUGAGGAAAAGGAAAAAACAUUUGAAGAUAUAUCUUAUAUAUAUAAAGUGAAUGAUGAUGUAAGACAAGACAAAUUGGUAAUUCAAACGAUAUAUAUUUUUAUUCAUAUUUUGAAUGAAUAUAAGUUAUGUUAUAAUUUAUUUCCGUAUAACAUUAUAACAAAUAAAUUUGUUAAUAUAUAUUCUUCGAAUGAGGAGGAUGAAAAGGAUGAGAAAAAAUGGACCAUUGGAGCUAGCCAAAAAAAAGAAAAAAAAAAAAGAAAAAACAAAAGUGCAACAACACCAAAAAAAAAUAAUAAGGUACCUAAUAAUGAUGAUCAAAUUGAUGAUAAGAGAAAGUUUUCUUUUUCUUUUAAUUUGUUUAAGAAAAAGAGGCAAGGUAAAAAUAUUUAUAAUAAAGAGAAGGGGGAAAAAAACAAAGAGAAAAUUAAUACUGGCAUAAAUGUUAAUAUUAACAAUGAUGAUAAGAUUAAUAAUAUGAAUCAUGAGGUGAUUAUUCAGAAUGAUACUUUGUUAAAUGUUAAAAACUGUAAUACUCAUAAAGAUGAAGAUAAAAUUGUUACAUAUUAUGAAAAUGAAGACUCCGUUACUGAACAGGAAUUUAUUGGACAUUCAAGAAAUAUGCAUAUAUCGAAUGUAAAAAAAAAGAAAAAGAAAAAGAAUAAAUUUGAAAACUUUGGUGCGGUUAUUGAGGUUUUAACAAAUACGAAAAGUAGACAUGAUAUAGGAAAGAAAUAUCAAAAUAUAAUAAAAUUUUAUCAUUUGAAAUAUUCUAAUAUUAUUGUAUAUAUAUAUGCAUUGAAGAAUUUUAUUAGUUCGCUAGCUGCAUAUUCUUUGCUCUCUUUCAUUUUACAAGUGAAGGAUAGACAUAACGGAAAUUUAUUAUUUGACGAUAACGGAAAUAUAAUACAUAUUGAUUUUGGAUAUAUAUUAAAUAUAUACCCAGGUAUAUCAAUUAAUUUUGAACUUGCCCCAUUUAAAUUAACAAGAGAAAUGAUUAUGCUUUUAACAAUAAAAAGUCAGAAAAAACAGUAUUUUAUUUUUUCCUACAUUCAACUAGUAGUCAAAGGAUAUUUAUUAUUAAGAGAAAAGAGCGACUGGUUAAUUUCAUCCAUUUUGAGUUUGUCACAUUCAGAUAUAAACUGCUUUAAAUAUAACACAGUUGAAAAGUUGAGGAAACGCCUAAAAUUAAAUAAAAAUGACAACGAUGCGAGUAUAUUUAUGAUAAAUAAAAUACAUCAAGCAUACAAUAACAUAACAACAAUUUUGUAUGACUACAUUCAAAAUAUCCAACAAGGUAUUCAAUGA